AUGGAUUCGUGGAAAUUAGGUUCCAAAAUUGGUGAUUUAGGCAAAUAUGCCAGCAAUGGUACUGUUGCAACCUUUAAUUAUCCUUGUAGUAAUACUUAUGAAUGCACAUAUUACCACUCAAUCCUUCCUCCCGGCUAUUACAAAGUUGAAGUUUGGGGAGCAGAGGGAGGUAAUACUAUAUAUUGUAGCAAGGCUUACACCCAUGAAAAUAAGAAGGGUGGAUAUUCCGUCGGUGUCUUAAAACUAAACAAAUCUUCGGAAGUUUACGUUUUUGUUGGCGGUAAAGGCCAAGACGCAAUUUAUCCGCAAACUGGAAACAGACGAGGUGGCUUCAAUGGUGGAGGUGAUACCGCAUCAGAUGGCAAAUUUGAUGAGCACGGGGGUGCUGGUGGUGGUGCCACCGACAUCAGAGUAGAUGGAAUUGCACUCUCAAAUAGAAUGAUAGUCGCAGGCGGGGCCGGCGGACUAGGUUUUGAUUUCCAUUCGUGUAGCUUGCCUCCUGAAUCAUGGGGAGGAGGUAUCGAAGCCGGCCGGCCAAUGUCUUGGGGACCAAUUUUUGGAACUCCUGCUACUCAAUCUAAAGGAAAUGCAAAUGGCGCAGGAUCAGCAGGUCAAUUACAUUACUUUGGAUCCUCAGGCGGUGGUGGCGGUGGCUAUUUCGGUGGAACUUUACCACCAUAUUCAGAUUCAUAUGCAGGCUCCGCUGGAGGUGGAUCAGGAUACAUAGGAAAAGUGAUUUCAUUCAAUGGAAUUAUUGCGCAAUCAAUUCCAGGAAAUCAAUCGAUGCCAUCUCCAGACAACCAAGUGCAAACCAUUGGAAGAGAAGGAAAUGGAGCUGCCCGAAUCACCAAUCUUGGCUAUUUCCUCCAGAAGACAAGCACCCUAAACGAUUCAUAUGAUCCGAACUCCAUUAUAUCCAUUGAUUUUUCUCUAAAUACAUUAGGAGCAGGAGAGAUCGCCACAAUAAAAAGAUCUAUAAACACCAUGAACCAAGAAGAAACAAUUCUUACCCAUAAUGAUGAUGGGAAUGAGUACAUAUAUACAGAUUCUUUUCGAUUACCUGAAGAAACAGGUUUUCUUAAAAUUAUAUACAAAGUUACAUCGAAAUCAGGAAUAACCACAUCAACAUUUUUCGAUAUUUUAGUGAAUAAGAAACCCGAAAUAAAUGUAAUAGGAAGGCCAAAGGAGAAAUAUGUUCCAACUGAGAAAGCUUUUGUUGAAAUUGAAGUAGUAGAUGAUACUUAUGUUAAUGUAACGAUUAAAGGCGAAGCAAAUAUUCUUUACACAACAGAAAUAAUAAAUUGUUAUCAUACUAAAAAUAGAACAAGGUUAGAAUUUAAAAUAGGUCCAUUUACAAUAGGAUCUAAACAUAAUUUAUAUAUAUCUGGAGUAGAUGAAUAUGGUUUUAGCACUGUAGUAUCUAAUUUCCAAUAUGUUAUUGUUAAUAACGUAGCACCUGAUUUGAGAGUUGAUUCUAAUUUAACUUAUCAUUUCUCAGGAAAAGACAAAGUUAAAAUCAAUGGUGAAUUUCUUGAUAAAGAUGGCGCUGCAACAAUCACGAUUUUUUCUAAAAUAGAUAACUCACUUCAAGUCAAUCACGGUGCACAAUCAAUUUCUGACUUGGAGUGGCAUACUUUCAAUAUAACUCGUGAUAUGAGCGAUGUCAGAAAAGGAAUUCACACUUUAACUGUAUUUGCUGUGGAUGAUAAUGAUGCAGAAUCAAACAAAUACGUUCAUUAUUUUGCAUUAUUUAGUGGUUACUGCAUAUUAAACAAGCCAUCAUGCUAUUGUUUAUAUAGAGGCACUUGGGUACUCUCUAUGUAUUUCCCAUUGUCAGCUGAUUUAAUCUUAUCUAAUUAA